AUGACCAACACCAACACCAACAACCACGAGCAAAAGCCCAAAACACCCACCAUGACCAGCAACCAGGUCCUCGACCAGGCCGUCAACAAAGCCAUGGACGAGUCCUUCAACGAGUCCACCACCCAGCCCACCACCCAGCCCACCACCCCCAGCCCCGUCAUCACCACCUCCCCCCUCGGCCUCUGGAACAACGUCGCCCCCCGCGUCUACACUCCCCGCCCGCUCUGCUUCCCCUUCUCCCCCUCCGCCCGCCUCGACCCGCUCUCCUCGGCCUCCACCAUCCUCCGGUUCCUGCGCAUCCAGCUCCUGCGCCUCGUCAAAGUCCGCCCUGCCUUUGCCGGCAAGCUUCAGCUUGGUAUCAACCUUUGCGAGUCCGACAGGCGCAAUCUUACCUCUGAAGUCUACAACGACUGGCAUGUUUAUCUUCAGACUUGUGAGGGGUAUGAGAUCCCUUUGACUGCGCAUUUUCCUGAUCACGAGGAGGUGAAGGGGGUGUAUGCGGGUAUUGAGGAGAGGUUUGAGCCGAGGGGGGUAAAGGGGUGGCCGAGUGAGUUUGGGGAGUAUGAUGAGUUGAAGAGAGCGGGGUUUCCGGUCGAGCCGUUUGUUAAUCCGUUGUUGACGGAUUUGUCGACACUUGAGGAGGGGGGCGAGGCACUGCCUGCUGUUCAGGUCAGGAUUUUGUUUCUGAAGGGGGGGUUCAUUCUUAAUGUCUUGGGACAUCAUACGAUGUUUGAUGGGGGAGCGUUUACCCAGUCCUUGAAUAUCUUGGCGGAACAUACGAGGAGUUUGAGUCCCACGUGGGAGGCUGUCCCUGAGAGCCAUGACUUGGCUUUGUCUUUGCCGACUAUCGAGAAGCCGUACGAAGAGCUGCUGGCUGAGUGCCCCGAGUACAAAGAGUGGGAGGAUCACGCACCUGACGGUCCUACACAUCCCGUCUGUCCUCGCUUGCGCGAAGACGACUCGUUGACCGGUUCUUCGAAGAUCUUUGUCUUCACGUUUGCCAAACUCGUCCAGCUCCAGAAGGAAAUCGCGGCUCAUGGCGUCAAAGCCGGCAUUUACGAGUGUCUCUCCGGUCUCUUGUGGGCUCUGACGUACUUCUCCCGCGUCACGGCCUCCUCCAAGUCCACCGACCCUUCGUCAUUCGAGCGUUUUCUCCACGACCAUUUCGCCUCGGAGCAACCCGUCUUCUCCACGCCCACCGACUGGAUCGCUCGCGUCGCAGCUUUGAAGUCUACCGACCCCGAGGUGGUGGCUUUCAAGGAGCAGAUUGCCAAGGAUACGAAGGAGUAUUUGGGCAACAAAAUCACCUGGAUCAGCACCCGUCUACCCUCCGCCUCUCUCCUCAUCGACGCCGCCGAGAAGCAAGACCUCGCUGCUUUGGCAAAGAUCGUAGCAGCCAUCAACAAAUCCAGCACCGACAUGGCGGAGAAUAUGGAGGAGUACAUCACCACGCGCACCUCCCUCUUUGCUGCUCUCUCCAAUCCCUCGGAUGACCGAGUCGACGUCGACAUCCGCCACAUCGGCCUCGCCCUUCGACCCCCGCCAGCCAUCCGAAUGGCAAAUGAACAGUUGGAAAAACUUUGGCGCGGACACAGAAUGGAGGUUUCCCCCUCUUCCCUCUUUGUCGUCUCCGUCCUCUGUUCUAGAGCCCAUGGUCCCAGCCAACGCCUUCUGUUCUUCUGCCUCUGCCUCUUACUGCCACCGCAACGCCUUCAAUGUGACUAAACCGGAUGCUGUACGUCGUGUGCAAGCGCGCUAUGGCGUUAGCGGGGGACUGUGGUUGCCGGCGAGGAAGGAGCAGAAGGAGGAGGUGCUGGUGCAGGUUAG